AUGGCGAAGCUGAACUACGAGACUGUUGGUCUGGAUCCUGCACAUGGUGAUUUCGCGCACAAUAACCAGAACUAUACUACUGCUGCUAAGGUAGCGAUAUACCUCCACUCUGAUCAUCCUGCACUUGCCAAAAAGGCAAGAGAGCUGUAUGAUGUUCCUGCUGUGCCGCUGAUUCCUCGUCAGAGAGGAUACAACCCUAUGGACUUGAAUAUCUUUCCAGAGCCGCCGGCGACGGCGGUUGGACGUGCUUAUUAUGAGAACGAGAUACAGCAUUAUGUGGCGGCGAGAGGAUGCCUGUCUUGUAAGUCAAAGACUGCGAGCUUCUUCAUUUCUUCUUCCCUGAUACUCAUCUUCUCGGCCUUCGAACAUCCAAACACCCCAGCAAGAUUCUUUUAG